GAAAUAGAAUCUAAAAUCUUGUGUCGACUGAUAAAAACACCGUUUUGGGGAAAGUAUUAUUGCCUACCGGAAAGAACGUUACGUAAAGUAAGUGACGUCACAAUAACGUUCAUAGUAACGUGAUCAUUUCGCGGUUGUUUGGUAAACAAACAAGACGUCUUUCACAGCGCUCUUACAACAAUGACUAGUUUACAGAUAUUUGUAGAAACGGUGUGUCAGGAAUUGAUCAAAGAAUGCUCUGACCUCCUGUCUGUCGUCGGUCACAGCGACGACAUUGACCUCACCUCCUCCCCGGCACACCAGACUGACAAUCAAGGAGAGCUCGAGGCGGUUCAUGCCGGAUGCGGCGACACUUCCGUUGCUGACACAACCUCUGACUCCUGUUUGUCGGCCGACGAGCCGACGGAUCUCGGUGAUCUGUCUGAGCUCUGGGAGAGUUCCUCAGACGACGAUGCCGACGAAUUGAACACCUCAUUCUGUGAGUGGGAGCCGGACGUGGCUCUUCCUUGCAAGUUUGAGCUUGACGUGGCUCUUCAUACUGAUGAUGGCGGUGGCGACAUCGGCCUCAACGUCAAAAAAGUAUACAUGAACAUCGCGAACAGCUCUUCAUCCGUGUACGAGUCAGAUUACCCGGAUGAACACGAGGAACUUCCGACUGAGCGUCACCGACGAAAGAUCCGAGUCAAGCAUGUCGAUGACGGCUCAAUGUCACGCAACAUCCAUAUCCGGCAUAGCCCAUAUCGUCUGCUUCCUCAAAAGCGGAAACGCGAGGCAGACGAGUCAGAGACCUCGCUUCCACAGAAGCGCACGAGAUGGGCGCCAUUUCCGGAGUCAUCUUCGUCUGAGAGCGAUUCCGGUAGCUCCAAAUCUUGCUCCGACUCGGACUGCUCUUGUUCGGAUUCUGACUGCGUCUCCAUGACGGACAGCGACGAAGACGAGGGCAGAGAGAUCGACCUCCGCUAUGAGGCGAGCCCAUGCCCCGGAGGCUGCCCUUGUCGCCCUGGUUACCGGCCCUUCCCCGUGGUGCAUGGAAUAGAGCGACUGAAGCCAGUUACCGUGCCUCUGUACAAGAGGUUCCUGCAAUACAAGCUUCUCAACAUCUUCAACACCUGCUUCAACCAGUGCUGUGAUUGCAUGUGCCAAAGGAGGUGGACACAGCGCGACAGGAGGUCGCUCCGCCGGAUAAUGGCUGAUUAUUAGAAACAUUCGCAACCUUUUAUGAAAUUAUUUGUUUAUUUUGUUUAGAGUUUUAUUUCUUCAUGGUUUUAUCUGAAAACAGUUGACACGUAUUUCAAUGAAACCAAGUGCUAGUUUGACCCAGGAAACCAAGUGCUGGUUAGACCCAGGAAACCGAGUACUGGUUUGACCCCUGAAACAAAGUAAUCGUUUGACCCCUGAAAUAAAUUAUUGGUUUCUCCCUGGAAAUCAAGUACUUGUGACACAAACGACAAGACCCAUAAAAUACAGUACUGGUUUUACCCAGGAAAGUACUUGCGAUACCAAAUGAACUCGAAACAUUCCACAAUUAAUUUUGACCAAUGAAUUAAGCAUGAAUUAUUGUUGUUUUUUUAUUUAUAAAAAAUAAUAACUCCGAACCUGUUUUAUUCUUAAACAUUAUUGAAUGUAUUAUCGAAUGAAA